AUGCCCGCGGCGCCGCCGCUGCCCAUGCGGUUCCCUUGCUGGUGCAGGGCCGUGUAUUCUUGGGGAGGCGAGUCGCAACGAGACCUUGGCUUCGUCGAAGGAGACCUCAUAGAAUGCCUCAACGCUGGAGACGGAUCGUGGUGGACCGGGCGACUGAGGCGGAAUAAGACUGUUGGCAUAUUCCCUUCCAACUUUGUCGAGGUGUUACCAGAGAGCUUCCGCCCCGUGAGUCGCUCAACAAGCCCGCUGGCUCCUAGUAAUACGCCAAGCCCGACGAAUAGCAACAUCGGCAAGACAAAGUCGAAACCCUUUCGGAAACCUUUCGAGGCCUACGCAAAGGCGCCGCAUUACACCACGGCCAAGCAGCCCGAGACCUUCCGCGACAUGCCCUCGCGCCAGAACUCAAACAACUCGGUCCAGCCGAAGCCCAGCGUACACGACAGAAAUGGGAGCUAUGGUUCUAAUCGAUCCCACUCGCCCGCCCCUCCGGUGAGCAGGCAUGGAUAUCACUCGCGCGCUCCUUCGCCCGCCCCUUCACCCGCCCCCCAUGCGCAAUACCACAACUACCAUUCGAGAGCGGCCUCGCCUGCGCCACCUGUUGCUGCCCACAGCUAUGGUAGCAGAGCUCCGUCUCCGGCACCUCCCAUGAGUCCAUACGACUAUGUCAACAGAUCUCGUUCACCAGCUCCUCCUAUGAACGACCACGGCUACGGGUCGAGGGCCCCUUCACCAGCCCCUCCGCUGCAGAUGUCCUUCUUUGGCGGAAGAGCUCCGUCGCCACAGCCGCCUCCGAUGCAACACGGUUCGAGAUCCCCCUCGCCCACCCCGUCAUUCACCUUUAAGCCUUAUCGCCCUGGCGCAGAACGCGGUUCCCCUCCGCCUCCCGCCCCCCCUCCUCAUCGGUCUGCUCUUUUGCUUCGAGGAGGCUCAAACGCAUCCUAUGAUAACAGGCCCCACACACCAAGGGCCCCCUCUCCAGUCCCACCUUCUCCAGGCGGUGAUGGCUUCACGCCAUCUCCUCUCAGGGAGGCAAUGGACGGUGUCAUGGAGCAACUUGACGCGUUAGGGGUGAAUCGCGAGACAGAAUCCCCCGAACCACCCUUGGAUCCGUGGUCACCAGAAUCGUUUGACAUGGUGCAGCAUCGCUCGCGGAGGAAACCUCAACCACAAACAAGACCUCAGACCUCGAUGGGCGUUGUGAUGCAGGAUGAAGGGUAUGAGACGUAUAGCGGGGGCUCAUCGACCGAAAAUACGUACCACAACGGCCAUAGAGAAGACAAGGACCAAUUACCGCAGCUUAGCAACUACGUUGAGAGGAUGGAGACGCGACUUCGAAAGAUGCAUCAGCACAGUUCGAGCACGGGUGCCAUUGACGACCAUAAUGACAUGCCUCCGCCGCCGCCGCCCAAGAAGCAUUACCCCCCGGAGCGGCCGAAAUCUUCCAUGGGCGAUAUUGACCAUCAAGUGCGCAAACACAAGUCCGCCUUCGAGGUCGGACGUCAGCUGCUUAACAGGACAGCGACAACGAAGACCACCUCAACCGAGGCAACAAACAGCAGCACUGGCACUCAAAGCACGAACCGCAGCUUGAUGAGUGGGGCCUCAGCUGGCGGUAUCAGCGCGACGAGCGCAGGAAGCCUGGCGCGCAAGAACCGCAACCGCGCUCGCAGUGCGUUGGGUUUUCGAGAUGCCGACGAAGAGGAGUUGGAUUUGGAUCGACCGACAACCCCUUUCACUGGCGUUUCCUACCACCCCAGUCAUUCUUCAUCUCGAUUUCGAUCACAGUCGCAGGUGGAGUUCCACGAUGGUAUCGCAGCGAUCGGAGGCCUAGUGCAACCUGAAGCAGGCAAGCCCAAGAAAUCCAACUUCAUCAAGAGGAUACUGGAGGCAACCAAGACUGGUGUCGCCAGCAGCAGGGGUAGCAUAGCCAUGGGAUCAAGCCCGGGAGCGUCGUCGCCCAUGGGGAGACCAAUGAGCCGCGGAGCGCCUGAUAGGAUAACGGCUAUCGCUGGUGGUGCUAGUAGCACCAACCUACCGAGAGAUACAGCCAGGGAAAUGGGCCUAGGAAACGGGGUGGACUGGGUGCAAGUACGGCGAGAUGUCAAUCGAUCCAACACCCUCAGCAAGAACGAACGCAACGAGAGGCGCGACCGAUGCCAGAUGCUGGAUUAUCCUGCCAUUGACCCUGUCGACGAGCUCUUUGAGAGUAUCGAAGGUGACGAAGGGGCAGACGGCUUGCCCGUGCACCAGCCGACCAACUAUCAGGUCAUCAACUUGAGCCAGGUGGACAAGAACUCACGUUUUAUCAGUAGCUUGCCCCCGAUGACUACAGCAGUUACACUGGCGACGACGUAUGUAUGUCGUCCUUACAGAAGUGAAGUCCAGCGACUCAGAGCAAUCUUUAUUUGGGUUGCUGAGAAAAUCAACUGGGAAGAGGACUUUGAAGGCGAAAUCGACACCCGUCGGGUUAUUCAGACAAAGAGAGGCUGUGCAGAGGAGUACGCUGCUCUGGUUCAUGAGAUGUGCGCCGCCAUCGGUAUCCACUCCGAGAUCGUACGAGGCUAUCUCAAGACGCCGGGCGAAGUCCCGGAGACUGGCAUCAUGCCUCGGCCCAAUCACUGGUGGAAUGCUGUCCUGAUCGACAACGAGUGGCGUUUCAUGGACUGUUGUCUCGCGUCCGCCUCCAAUCCACAGCGCGGUCUAUAUUCGAGCUCGACGGCUCCCACUGCCGAUAGCUGGUGGUUCCUUGCCAGACCGAGCGAGCUCUGCUGGACCCAUAUUCCCGAACACCAUUCUCAACAGCAUGUUUGCCCACCCGUGGCUCAUGAGAUACUACUGAAUCUUCCUGGCGCCUGCCCGCCUUAUUUCAAGAACAACAUGGCAAUGGUCGACUAUAAUACAUCUCUCACACGCAUCGAGGAUCUCGAGAUGGUACAUAUCCGAUUCAAUGUCCCAGAGGAUGUGGAGGUGGCAGCUGAAGUUGAGGUCCGCGCAUUUUCUCGCGAUUCUGAUGGCGACCUCUUUGAGUCCGGCGACGUGGUCAAGAAGCGGGCUUUGGCUCAGGCCGAGUGGUACAACGGCGUCAAGAGAUAUACUGUCAAGGGCCUUCUUCCUGGUGACGAAGGUACUGGUAUGCUCAAAGUCUACGCAGGGAAGCGUGGUCUCAUGCACAGCAUCAAAGACAUUCCUCAUCCGCUCGCCUUUGCUCUGCCUAUCAUCCAUACUGGCGAGAACCCACCGUAUGAGUUUGUUACACGACACCCAACGCCCCAUGCACAGAGGCACGAUAUCUACGUCGUCCAGCCGCAGUGUCAACGGCUGGCUCUCAAUAACACGUUUGUCUUCGCCAUCCGUCAACACCCAUCAACCGCGGGGGCCUCAGGAGCAGCGCCUUCGAACAACCCUGGUGGCGCUAGUCCUAUUCCCUUUGCUAGGCCAAGUAGCUCUAUGAGCAUGAUGAGCUCCAACCCUAGUACGGCGAGCAGCAGCGGCUACGGCGGGUCCUCCAUCAACGGGAAAAAGCCAGCCAAGUUGGCCAUUCAGACACCAGGCGGUAAGAUUCUUCGCCUGAUGCGCAAGGAAGAGCGUAGAGGCAUCGGAGUGGGCGGCCGGAACAUUGGAAGUGAAGAGGACACCAGUGACGGUGGGACUUGGGAGACGAUCAUAAAGUGCUCUGAGCGUGGCGUCUGGCGUGGCCUCGUGCUCGCAGAUAGAACGGCAAGAUGGUGUGUUUUUGCGGAAUGGGUUUGUGUUGGCUAA